AUGGCAACGGCUCAAGGGGUUACCUUGGAGUCGUUCGCCCAUCUAGAUGAAAAGAAGAUCCUUCGAAAAAUGGAUUUGCGCCUGAUUCCCAUGCUGGCACUCCUAUAUCUGCUCUCAUUCCUCGAUCGUGGAAACAUUGGCAACGCCAAGAUAGAAGGGCUCCAGGAAGACCUGAACAUGGAGGCAAAUCAGUACAACUGGUGCCUCACUGUCUUCUUCUUCACCUACGCCGCCUUUGAGGUGCCGAGCAAUCUUCUACUGAAGAAGCUUCGCCCCAGCAGGUGGCUGCCAUUCAUCAUGGUUGGCUGGGGCACGGUCAUGACUUUGAUGGGCAUCGUCCAGAACUACCAUGGGCUUUUGAUAGCACGCCUAUUUCUGGGUGUUGCUGAAGCCGGCCUCUUUCCCGGUGUUGCUUACUAUUUGACAAUGUGGUAUUGUCGACACGAGAUCCAGCUCCGACAGGCACUAUUCUUCUCCGCAGCGUCGGUGGCAGGCGCCUUCAGCGGUCUUCUCGCCUUUGGGAUCUCGAAGAUGGACGGCGUGGGCGGAUAUGAAGGCUGGCGCUGGAUCUUCAUCCUCGAAGGCAUCGCUACCGUAAUCGUGGCGGUUCUGGCCUUCUUCGUCCUGCAUGACUUCCCCGAGACUGCCACAUUUCUCACAGAAGAGGAACGAGCAUUUGUGGUGUUUCGCUUGAAAUAUCAGGGCCAGGUACAAAACAAGGAACAAGGCGGCGCCGGCGUAGCCCAGGCCGAGGAGUUCAAGUGGAGAUAUGUCCGUGAUGCCUUCAGCGACUGGCAGAUCUGGGUCAACAUCUUUGUUUACUGGGGUAUCGUCUGCCACUUGUACGGUAUCAGCCUGUUCCUACCUACCAUCAUCGCGAAUCUCGGAUACAAGUCCAGUACAGCGCAGCUGAUGACAGUCCCAAUCUACAUCACUGCUGCUAUCCUUGCUGUAGUCUUUGCCUAUCUCUCGGAUCGAGUCGGAAAGCGAAGCCCCUUUAUCAUCGGAUUCUUGUGCAUGAUGAUCGUAGGAUUCUCAAUGUGUAUCACUGCCGACCCCGUCAAGCACCCCAAAGUUGUCUAUGGUGGUGUCUUCGUCGCGGCUUGUGCCAUCUACCCUGCAUUCCCUGGAGUCAUCUCUUGGCUCGCGAACAACCUUGCGGGAAGUUACAAGCGCAGCGCCGGCAUGGCCAUCCAGAUCGGUGUCGGUAACCUCGGUGGUGCCAUGGCAUCCAACUUCUAUCGUGCGAAGGAUAAGCCCAAGUAUGUCCUCGGGCACGGCUUGGAGCUCGGCUUCAUCUGCGCAGGAAUCGUUGCUGCUCUGAUCCUGAUCACAGGUUACACCACGAUCAACAGGAAGCGUGAGAGGAAGAUGGCCGAAGGUAGAAGCGUGUUCACGAGCGAGGAGCUUUCGGCGAUGGGCGAUCGGGCGUGGCCACGUCCCGCCAAUAAAAACAACUAUCAUCGAGGAACGGUUGAAAUCUCCGGCUCCAAGAAGCCGCCAUCAGGUCGUCACCCGACCAGAGUUGGCUUCGAGUGCGUUCCUGGCAAGCUCUUGGUGUUUAAGAUAUUCUUCCAAGCGCAUAAGGUGCCUGACGUCUUGAAAGUCUUCAUUUAUCGAGUCAAGCGCGAAAAGAAGCUGUUCAAGUUUCACAAGAACCGAAUUCGUGACGCAGUUGACGACCCAGAAAAGAGUCCCUUCUGGGUUAUCUGA